AUGAUUGGAUCACUGGUGUACCUCAUGAUCUGCACGAGACCAGACAUCGCGCACGCUGUCCAACGACUGUCGUGCCACCUCCACGCCCCUAGGGCACCGCACCUUGUCGGUGCAAAGCGUGUUCUGCGAUACCUGGCUGGAACAAAGCAACAUGGGAUCCAAUUUGGCACUGGUGAGGCAAUUCUUACCGGCUUUAGCGACGCUAGCUGGGCGACGCGACCCGACCGACGAUCCACCACAGGCUUCUGCUGGCUGUAUCUUGGCGGCAUGAUCAUGUGGAAAAGUGUACGCCAGCGCAUCACAGCGCUCUCCAGCUGUGAGGCCGAAUACAUUGCCGCGGCCGAGGCUGCUCGCGAAUCCGUUUGGCUCCAUGGUCUGAUGCGUGACCUGGGGUCUGAGCAGGAAUGUUUGACCCUGAACUGCGACAACAAGUCGGCAAUCGCCACCGCCAACACUACGGCAAUCAGUGAACGGACUAAACAUAUCGACGUGCGGCACCACUACCUCCGGGAGCUAGUCCGUGGUGGUGUUCUCGUGCUCCACUUCGUCCCAACGGCAGACAUGUUGGCCGACGCCCUUACCAAGACCGCAACGAAACAUGCGAUCCAAAAGUUUGUACGCUGGACGAUGGUAGCUCGUUCCCAAGAAUCAACAUCGUCGCCAAACCUCCCGCCGCAAGGACUGAUGGCCAACCACGACAAAAAACAACCAAACCAACGGUCAAGUACACCGCGUCAUCAGGUGCUCUCGCUUCAGGCGCAAUCGCCGUUGAUUGUGAGUGCAUUUCGGCAGGCUUUGCUCGUCCAUGUUGACCAAUGGACUAUCAACUCGCUCAGCUUGAUGCGAGCGAAAACACUGUCAUCUCCCUCCGCCUUCGAAGUCCAAAGCACUCGCAUGGCGGAAGAUCCUUUCCACAGUCAAAUCGUUGGUUUUUCGGAUACGAUAUGCGGACAAUUCGAAACGGCGCGAGUGUUCAUUGACCAGAGCACUUCAUGGCCGAUGCAAACUGUGCGGGCGUCGUUGCGCGAUGUCAUUCGGGAAGCCGUCGAAGUACUCGAGUAUAGAGACGUGGUGUAUCGAGACCCCCAUGCCAAGCAAUGGACGACGUCGCUUGAGGUCGACGAUGUGGUCGUUGCCGCCUUUGGAGACGUCGAGUUCAAUUGUUUGCGGAGUGUGGAUGGUGUGGUGGUGGGCAAGCACGAGUGUGGCCAGGCAUUCCUUCAGGGCAGGUAUAUUGCAGCCAACGAUGACGGACAGGCGCGCAUGAUGACGACGGUGGCAUUCCCCCCGUCGGUUGGUGACAAGGACAAUGACGGGUGCGAUACGACCGAUAUGGAGAACUCGACGGUCUUUACGCCGCGUCCGACGCCACGAGGAGGCAAGCGCGAUGCCAUCGAUCUCUGCGGUUGCUUUUUGCAAGCGCAAGACGUCCCUUACGUGACCAUACCCCUUAGCUCGAAUUACUUCAUCCGGUCGCUCAACCUCAGUGGCAAUGCCCUGCACGACGCCAGCGCAGUCCUUAUAGCAACCGCAUUGAGCUCGAAUGGCGCGCUGGAGGAGCUCGUCCUGAGCUACAACGCGAUUGCAACCGAGGGGUCGCUCGCAUUAGCGGCAUGCCUUGCAACCAACAACUACCUCCGUCGACUGGAUCUGUCCCACAAUCACAUUGGGGGAUCGGGAUUGCACGGCUGGCUCACGCUCAAGCAAAACUCUGCUCUCGAGGCGCUCAACUUGAGUCACAACCGCGAUAUCUCAGACCAAGGUGGGCUUGAUGUCCUUCGCGCUGUCGCGGCCGAGCCACUUUCCCUGUACGACCAGGUCAAGUUGGACUUGCUGCGGAAAAACCCAACGCAUUCGUACACUCCACAGCUCAUGGACGCCCCAGCCAAUGCGACUCUUCGGUCGUUGUGCCUGUCCGAAGUCGGUCUGUCCGUGCAGUCGGCGCUUCGACUCGCGCUCGUCCUCCAAGUCAACACAGUGCUCACCCACUUGGACGUGUCCAUGAAUGGCUUUGCCGACGACAGCAACGUGGCAGUUGCCCAAGCACUAGCACAAAAUCGUUCCCUAACAGUGCUAAACUACGCUGCCAACCCGCUGUCGGACACGGCGGCGGCGAUCAUGGCCACUAGUUUGUCGGGCCAUCCUGCGCUCACGACCGUUCAUUUCAGUGGUUGUUUCUCUGGACCUGUCGCUGGUGCAAGCCUUGCCUCCACUGUGAUUUCGAAUCGCACGCUCACCUCUAUGGACCUCGUUCGUCAAACAACAUAUCCGUUGGUGUCCUUUUGCUCACGUUGUGUUAGAGCGGUGGAAAUCUCGAACCACCUGGAAUCGUUGCACUGUGCAAGGCCAUUGGCGACAACCAGACGCUCCAACGUCUCGAAUUGACGAGCUCUGGGUUGAAGUCGGACGCUGUCAUUGCUGUUCUAGCCCAAGCUCUCGAGCGCAACAGCACGCUGACGUCGCUGCACUUGGGCUACAACAAGAUUACCCUCCGCGGGUGCAAGCUCCUGAAAGAUGCCAUUGCCGCCAACAAAACGUGCAAACUCACAGACGAAACGCUGUUGCUUGAGGGAAACAGCGGCGUCAAGUCCAAGAACGGCAACGUUGUCAUCACCGGGGGCCACCUUGUCCAUCGUUGAACGCACGAUGCCAGGCCUAGUGCGUCCUUGUGUCUCGUUGAGCUCCGUUCUCCCCUGCUCCUGCUAGCGCGCAAUGGCAAGCGGCAACGUCCCAUGGCAUGUUCAUUUCAGCAUCGUCCUCGUUCUCUGGGGCGCGUGAUGCCUACAUCUUUGCGCAAUGUGCUUCUGGUUUCGAAGACAUUUGCAAGAGUGACGUGAGUCCGUUUGGACAAACCCUUUGAAACAAUUAUACCUUUUCACUACGAUUCGAUUCCGCAUUGCUGACUCGAAGAAUGCCACGACGUCCAUCGGGGCGUGACCAUAGUC